CACAUCAUUGAGUGUGGUUUUAACUUGUUAUUAUUUAGUAACUCAGUGGAGAGUGAAAAAGGGAAUUCAAAAUUUGGUAUGAUUGUUAUAGGUUCUUUGAGGUACUGGUAUCAGCGGAAUAACGUGGAUCUCACCGUAUCAAAAUCUGCUGUUUGGAAUGAUGAUGUUGUUCAAGCUGCUCUCGAUAGUGCUGCUUUUUGGGUCGACGGGUUGCCCUUUGUUAAGUCUUUAUCUGGUUACUGGAAGUUCUUCUUGGCACCUAAGCCUGCAAAUGUUCCAGACAAGUUUUAUGAUGCUGCAUUUCCUGAUUCAGAUUGGAGCGCUUUACCCGUACCUUCCACUUGGCAGUGUCAUGGAUUUGAUCGGCCUAUUUAUACGAAUGUGGUGUACCCUUUCCCGAAUGAUCCUCCUCAUGUUCCUGUGGCCUAUUUAUACGAAUGAUUCAGUAGAGGGUCAGGUUGCUUCUGUGGAUAUUAAACUACCGAGAAGAAGUUUGCAAGUGGAGUUUACUUGCAAUUUAUGUGGAGAAAGAACUAAGCGGCUUAUCAAUCGGCAUGCUCAUGAACGUGGCCUUGUCUUUGUCCAGUGUGCAGGAUGUCUUCAGUAUCAUAAACUGUUUGACAAUCUUGGUGUCAUUGUUGAGUACGACUUCCGUGAAACCUCCAAGGAUUUGGGUACCGAGCAAGUUUGAUAUAAAGAUUGUUGUAUAAAAUUGGGUACCGAGCAAGUUUGUACCAGAAUUUAAAGAAAGUUAUAAUCAUAGAAACAUGGCAGUAUGAAAUUGUUGUUCU